UUAAAAAAAAGGAAAAGAGCAUAGUAGUUUUGAGAAUCUUAGAUAAAAGGACACUCACUCGCUUGCUCACUUUGGCUUUGUGCUCCUCAAAAACAGAGUACACUCAUUCACUCACUCACUACUCUUAUCACAUGGCUCGGAGCUCCACAACUAUGAAAUGGGUCUUCUCCUUCCUCCCUUUAUUCCUGCUCCAUUUCUCCCUCACAAUCACCGCAGAAGACGGGUUAGUAGCAAAUGGAGAUUUUGAGUUAAGCCCAUCAAACGGGUUCCCUAGUGAAGCAAUAGUAGAGGGACCGAGUGAAGUCCCAAACUGGAAAUCAAACGGCACCGUUGAGUUAGUUGAAUCAGGGCAAAAACAAGGUGGGAUGAUCCUGAUCGUACCACAAGGUAGACACGCAGUUAGACUAGGCAACGACGCUGAGAUUAGCCAAGAAUUACCGGUAGAAAAGGGUUCACUUUACUCGGUCACGUUUUGUGCAGCUCGCACGUGUGCUCAGCUCGAAUCUCUUAAUGUGUCAGUGGCAGGUGCAUCACAGACGAUAGACCUGCAGACACUCUACAAUGUACAAGGUUGGAACCCUUACGCGGUUUCUUUCAAUGCGGAUACUGAGAGUUUUAGGUUGGUAUUUAAGAAUCCAGGUAUGGAGGAUGACCCUACUUGUGGCCCCAUUAUUGAUAACAUUGCUAUCAAGAAGCUUUUCACUCCUGAUAAGCCCAAAGACAAUGCAGUAAUCAAUGGUGAUUUUGAAGAAGGUCCAUGGAUGUUUAGGAACACUUCAAUGGGUGUACUACUUCCAACAAACCUAGACGGAGAAACUUCAUCACUACCUGGUUGGAUAGUUGAAUCAAAUCGAGCCGUCCGCUACAUUGAUUCCGAUCACUACACCGUUCCACAAGGACGGAGAGCCAUCGAGCUUCUCUCCGGAAAGGAAGGCAUCAUAUCGCAAAUGGUCGAAACCAAACCCGACGAGACAUAUAGCUUGACAUUUUCAUUAGGUCAUGCUGAUGACAAAUGCAAGGAACCUCUUGCUGUCAUGGCCUUUGCAGGUGACCAAACUCAAAACUUUCAUUACACUCCAAAUUCAAAUUCUACAUUCCAAAUUUCUAGCCUCAAUUUCACUGCCAAGGCUGAUAUGACUAGAAUUGCUUUCUAUAGUGUUUACUACAAUACUAGAAGUGAUGAUAUGAGUUCUCUCUGUGGGCCUGUUGUGGAUGAUGUCAGGGUUUGGUUUUCUGCCUCUAAUGGGCUUCGUGGGUUAGGCUUUGUAAGACUUGGCCUUGGGAUUUUGGGUUUAGUUUUAGUUCUUGUCUAAAGGGGUUUCAUUAUGUUUUGCUUUGUUUACUUUUAUUUCUACAAGCCUAAUAGGUGAAGUCACAUUCUCCAAAAUUGUUGUAUUGUGAAUUGGCAUUAAGUUUAUAGUUUAUGCUAUAUUAAAAUUUUAAAAUGAAAAUCAGAAUGAGUAGUUGUAUGUGUCA